AUGGGGUCGGAAACCGAAAGUAGUGAAGUGCGUGAUUUGUCGUUGCUUAAGCCUAAUUACAUGCUUUUGUCCUUGCAGAGGAUAUUAGUGCUGACUGUGAUAUUAGCCGGAGUUAUCCUUGUGGUGUAUUACACGCCAAUGCCAGAAGCGUAUUUCGAAAACUGUGACCGCGAAUGCCACGAGCUGGACUGGCCCAUGAUAUGUAGAGUCAAACUAGUUAUUGAAGUCUAUAAGACACUUAGCAAGUCCUGUGGAAGCUGCACUGAGAAAAAUGGAGGGGAUUGUCCAGCAACAUGCAUAUCCGCAGAUGGCCGAGUACGUGGUGUCCUCUCGGCUAACAGAGAACUACCAUCACCCACUCUCCACGUUUGCCACAAUGAUAUACUAGUCGUCGACGUGGUACAUCGUGCUCCUGCGCAUGCCCUAUCUAUACACUGGAGAGGACAACCCCAAAAAGAGACUCCAUUCAUGGAUGGAGCUCCUAUGUUAACACAGUGUCCACAGCCUGCAUAUACUACAUUCCAAUACAAGUUCCGAGCAUCAUCAGUAGGCACACAUAUGUACCACGCACAUUCUGCUGCUGAUGCCGCCGACGGUCUCUCGGGAGCCUUCAUUGUCCGUCAAUCAUCUCGCCUAGAUCCAUUAAGAAAACUUUACGAUGUAGAUGACACCAAACACACAAUUUUUGUGUCGGAAUGGGGCCAUUCAAUGGGUCCGUUGGCAGGAGUCAUAUCAAGUAUUCCUAACGCAGAAUCGCUCCUCAUUAAUGGUAAAGGAAAUUCAUCUGAAUCCCCCGACACUCCACUGUCUUCGUUCAAUGUGGAAUAUGGAAAAAGAUAUAGAUUCCGGUUAGCAUACGGUGGAGGGUCAAAGAGUUGUCCUAUUAAGUUUUCGAUUGAUCAACAUGUCUUGGAAGUUAUCACUUUAGAUGGCCAUCAGAUUGAGACAGAACAUGUAAGUUCUAUUGAGAUAGGUAGAGGAGAAAGAGUUGAUUUUAUUAUCGAUGCUAAGAGAGCACCUGGUGUUUAUAAGAUGAAAGUAAUGGCGGUUAAAUCGUGUCAGGACAAUUUAGAUGGUAUGGCGAAUUUAGUUUAUGAAAAGGUGGAGCAAAAAGUGUUACGUAAAGAUGAAGAAGCGUUUGAUUCUAAUGUGUAUCGUGAGUUAACAACAGUGUCCAGUGAUAAUUGUGCAUCUGAAAAUGUGAUAUGUUUGAACGAGGUACACGCCACCAACAAGAUCCCUGAAGAGCUAGCUGCAGCCGUUGAGGAGAUAGUUUAUGUGCCUUUUAAUUAUUCCACGAAGCAAAUUUCUGCGAAACGCGUAGAGAGCUGGGGUCAAACUGACGGUCAUCGCUUCACCUACCCAGCGUCACCUCUUUUAACACAGAGUGAUAAUGUAGGGGAAAACGAGUUCUGUUCUAAGGAGCCUGGUAACGGUGAAGAAUGUGUCCACGUGAAGAAAGUUCCUCUGGGGUCCACCGUUGAAAUGGUGAUGUUUGAUCAAGGUGGUGAAUCGGACCACAUAUUCCAUCUGCACGGAUACAGUUUCUAUGUAGUUGGCAUGAGAGAACUCCAUAGAAGUUUCGACAAAGAUACUAUAGUAAAAAUGAACCGAGAAGGAAAUUUGUUUACGAAGAAUCUCAUCGAUCCAGUGAUAAAAGAUACCAUAGUGGUGCCUAAGUUUGGUGCUGUAGCAUUAAGAUUUAAGGCUGAUAACCCUGGUUACUGGUUGAUGAGGGACGAACGAUCAACGCAUUGGACAAGGGGGCUUGACUUUAUAUUAAAGGUAGGUAAUCAGGGGGACUUUGUUCAAGCGCCCUCGGAUUUCCCAAAGUGUGGUUCGUAUGUUGGACCAGAAUACUUUCUUAUAUAA